CCCGGGCAGCGCGCCGUCCCCGGGCCGCGGGGCUCUGCGUGGCCGCGCGGAUGCCGCCGCAGCAGGAGGGCGAGGCGGGAUACAUCAGCAAGCCGGUGCCGCCGGGCGGCUGCGAGGUGCCGCCGGUGCCCCCGCGCAGGGUGCGCAGCGGGCGGGCGGCGGCGGCGCUGGGAGCGGCGCUGGGCGGCCGCUGCCGGGCGGCGGGGUCCGGGGCCGUGGCCGGAGCCGGGGCCGGAGCGGGUUCCGAGCCGCGGCGCAGCAUCAAGUGCGUUCUGGUGGGGGACGGCGCGGUGGGGAAGACCAGCCUGGUGGUGAGCUACACCACGAACGGGUACCCCACCGAGUACAUCCCCACCGCCUUCGACAACUUCUCCGCUGUUGUGUCUGUCGAUGGGAAGCCGGUGAGACUUCAGCUCUGUGACACAGCUGGUCAGGAUGAAUUCGACAAGCUCAGGCCUCUGUGCUACACCAACACGGACAUCUUCCUGCUGUGCUUCAGCGUGGUGAGCCCUUCGUCCUUCCAGAACGUGAGUGAGAAGUGGGUUCCUGAAAUUCGCUGCCACUGCCCCAAGGCACCCAUUAUCCUGGUUGGGACACAGUCAGACCUCCGGGAGGAUGUCAAAGUCCUCAUCGAGCUGGACAAGUGCAAAGAAAAGCCAGUCUCGGAGGAGGCUGCAAAGCUCUGUGCUGAGGAAAUAAAAGCCGCAUCUUACAUUGAGUGCUCCGCUUUGACUCAGAAAAACCUCAAGGAGGUCUUUGAUGCAGCCAUCGUGGCUGGCAUUCAGUACUCGGAUACCCAGCAGCAACCAAAGAAAUCCAAGUGUAGGACUCCAGACAAGAUGAAAAACCUCUCCAAAUCCUGGUGGAAAAAAUACUGCUGUUUUGUAUAGGGGCUGCAAGGACCUGAGUGCUGCUCUGAGGAAAUCAAUAGAGGCUAUAUUAGCUGAAAUAUGAAUUUGUGUCGUCUUGAGUGUAUAGUGUAGAUCUGUAUGUAUGUGUAUAUGUUGCUACUGAAUGACUCAGUUGCCCUUUUGAGGAUUGCAGAAGGAUUCUUAGUUAAAUGAUUGCUAUAUAUCAGGUCUGGCACCCAGUUUUGUGACCCGACCUUCUCGUUAAGGAAAAAAAAAGUACCAUGUGUCUGUGAGCAUAGAAGGAUUUGUCCAAAGGAUUCAACUUCUUCUGUUGUAAGGUGUAUGUGAUGGGGCGGAGCACAACAGAGGCCUUCACUGCCAGGGCUUUGCAGGAGGAACGCACCAGCAACGGUGGAAAUGUAGAGCUCUGUACAUGGACGAUCAAAGGGAAAAAUAACACUGUGCCUCCUAACUGACAUUUGUAGCUUUAAAACCCCACUCCUGCUCUCUUUGUGUCUUCCCAAGCCAGUGCUCUUAGGGAUCACUUUUAAAAGGGUAUGCAAGAGGUGUAAUCUAUACGCAAAUGCCAUGGUUAAAAAGGUCAUGGGUAUACCUUCAGCUUGUGGUGAGGGAACCUAAUCCCUUAUGGAGCUGACAUCUCAUUUGUUACCUCCUGACUUUCAGAAAGUCCUUUCUGUCCUCCUUCCCCUGCCUUUUCCAGGAAGCCGAGUGGAAGCCCAAAAACAUGACCAAGCUUUUAACUCGCUACCUCGAGCAGUGGCAAUUUCCUCUGUGUUUUUGCAGACAUGAUGACAGUUCAUCUAUUUCAGCUCAAAGGAAUGUAAAUACUGUUGUGUUGGGGUUUUAAUUUUUUUUUUUAAGUGAUGUAACAAGUACCUGUGCAGCACCAUAUAAAUCGCAUCUGGUUUUAAGUCUACAGCCAAGAAUUCCAGGAUGCCCCAUUUUACCUUUUAAGGCUGCUGAACAAAUAACAAAUCAGGCAGAAUGAGAUUUAUAACAAACUGGACUCCAAAAACUGAGGCUGCUGCGUCCUCUUCAUGAUGCUGUUUCCAACCAAGUUAAUGUUUCCCUUCUAAAAGCAACAGUCACUUGUGGUUGAAUCUUGUCCAAGCUCAUAGUCGUGAAAUUGUCCCAGGCCAUUCCUAAAAUAUAACUGAUAAUCCUUUUUUUUUCCCAGAUCAGUCCAACAGAUUAAUUGAAAUGUGCCUGAAAUGUAGCUGAGGGAUCAACAUAGAGCUGAGUGUGACCUGUUCUUUGAUUGGAUCUGGUUCCUACUGAACUCUAAGCCUAAUUGCAGUUCUAGUGAGUUCAAGAGACCCAAAUGAUAAUGUGACUCUCUGCAAGGAUCAGUAUUUAAACCUGUUCUGCAGAGGACAUUUAGUUUGUGCUGUCUGUCUGCCUUUUUUAUGGCCACAAUUACUUUUUCUUCUCCUCUAGAUAGUUCAAGAUCAAAUUAUACUUUUGUUUUGUUCCCUUUGGCCCUAGCCUUGAAGUGACCUUUUCCUUAUUCUUAAACUAAACUGUAGUGACAGAAGGCCAGAACCUUUUUUUAUCAGAAAUGAAUCAAUGUCUGAUGCAAAGAACUGUGGGGGCCGUUUGAGUUGAUAAAGCUGACCACAGUUUACCUCUUGGCCCAUUAAGGAAAAUGACACUAUGUAAAUGGAUUCUGGGCUAUUGGCAUAGGCUCCACAGACAGUAUUUUUUCCUUCUCUACAGAAGAAUGAGUGCAGAAUGGGUAAUGUUCCAUUACUGAAAACUUGCAAAUGAGAUGGAAAUCUUUACCUAGAACCUAAUUCAAUAAAAUAUGUUGGCUUCUGCCCUGGAAGAGCCUGGAAAAACAGUUUCCAAAGCACAGAAACUGGAUGCAUUUGACUUGGUUGCAUCUGGUUGGUAACGGUUUAAUGUUUACUAGUCCUGAAGUUAACAUCUGAGCCUUUAUAUUUCUUACUCAAAUGCUUUGAUGGGAUUUCAGAUAUGCAGUCGCGCCAACAUCUUGGAGAAAAACAAAGCUAGAUUUCUCCUGGGUGCUUUGCUUCCGUGUGAAAAGCAGUCUCGGUCGCUCAAAAAUGUGGGUUUGAGGAGGAGACAGGCUUGAAACUGAGCAGCUUCCAUUUACAAAAAUAACAAAAUUUCCUCUGCAAGAUCAUACUGCUUGGUAUCAUGCUGAACUGGAAGCAGUAGGUUAUACUUUAUAAGCAGCCUGUUUCAUAGUCUGGAGUAGCAUUACUUUUGAAUGUAGCCAGCUGUGACUGUUUCUGAAGAUGUGAUUUAUAUACAACUUGUUAUAGCCCUUUACUAGGUGUGUGUAAACUGAGGUCUAAUAACUCUAUGGAUACUGCUCUACGUGGGGCUACACAGGGUCUAGGUUUUAGAAAUCUUACUUCUAAAAUUACCAGUAUUUUACAAGCAUAAAUGAGGGGGAGAUGCCUCUAUGUAGUCUAUAAUCUGAUGUGCCUUAUAAAAAACUCUCUUCUGUUUUCUAAGUGUAGGCUAUAUUCCAAAAGAAAUAUUUCAUGUGAGAAUGAUAUAAAUGAGGUAUUUGGAAAUAAAUUCUGACCUGCGUAUGUGUCUGCCUCUGCUGCCUGCUUGAGGAGGCUGGAGGGCAGUCCCUUGGCCAUGCACUGGGCUAAUAUCCAGCAAAAUACUGGAACUGUGCUCUCAGUGCCCCAGCAAAAGGCCUCUGCCCAGAAAAUACAGCCUUUUUCUGCACUGCCCCAUCCCCAGGGGACUGGGCUGGGUGGGAAGGGUACAAUGGCCAGCUUUCUGUCUCCCUGCCAGCACAGCAUCUUGCUGUGGCCCUGUGAGGCGUGGACAAGCUCAUUGUGCCUGGCCCCGAAAGUGGGGUGAGUGGCAGCAAGCACAGCAUAACUGGGGCGUUUUCCUACUGCAUGUUGAGCCAUAUGUGUUCUGGGGCAGCCAGAGGGCAUUUUUGGAAAAGCAGAGCCUUCUCCAUUUUGACACCAUGGGUCUUGCCAUGGGUCCCAUCCCUCAUGCCAGGGCCAAGGUGAGUGAGGUUUGAGAUUGUUUGUGCCCAGGAGCUGGAUGGCUGUGGCACAGAAGCCUUCCACCCUUCAGUGCCAUUAUUAGCUGAGUGGGGAUCAACAUUUAGACCUCCAGGCAUUCCCACAGAUCCAGUGUCCUGCUCCAAAACUGCUCCAGAGAGGGAGCUUUGCUCUGGACCAGCCAAAGUUUGUGAACUGUCCCCACUCCGUUUUUCUAGGAGCUGAGAGGAGCAGGCAUGCUGGGGGUGGCAUACCAGGUUGCCCUCCUGUGCCAUCUGUCUCGGGUUAUAAGGCCAAGGCAUUUUCAACCAUGGGAAUGCACACAACCUGCACAAAGUCAGGUCAAUGCACAGUUCCUCUUUCUCAUGGUUGAUUCCUCACUGGAACAAAGCCUUGUCUUCUCCUCUUUUCAAGUGCCAGGCUGGGCAGUGCUGGGAGGCUGGUUCACCUGGUGGUGCCUGCAGCACAGUGGCCCUGCCCCAGAGCCCAGUCUGCCAGCAGGCUCCUUACUGGGGAUGCUGGUGUUGAGUCACCAGUGCCCUUGGUGAUGCCUUCAGGGAUUGCUU